AUGUUUACUGCUGUAAAACUACUUGGACAUAAACUUGUUAUGAUUGGUGAAAUGGUACAUGAUUUAAAAUUUUUCAUGUUAAUGUUCUUUGUAUUUAUACUGGCAUUUGGUGUAUCAUUUUAUAGUUUAGUAUUUGGUGUUCAAGAAUUUACUUGGCAUUUACCACAAAAUUUUAAAGCAAAUGGUUAUGCAGCGUUUAUCUUAUUGCUUGGUUAUAUGACUAUUGUUAGUAUACUCUUAGUCAAUCUACUUAUUGCUAUGUUCAGUAAUUCUUUCGAUCGUCGUCAAAACAAUGCAGAUCGUAUUUGGAAAUUUCAACGAUAUUCAUUAGUGAGUGAAUAUUUAUCACGUCCAUCAUUUCCAUCACCUUUCAUUUUCUUGUCUCAUUGUGUACGAUUAACUUUGUAUACAUUAGCUAAAUGUUGUAAGUCAGAAUUCGUCCAAAAUAAAUAUCGACAACAUGUGAAUCGAACAAAAUAUAAACUAUCACUCAAUGAUAAAAGUAUAACAAAAGUUGAAACAAUUGAAGAUGCAUAUUGUGAUGAAAUUUAUUAUAAUUAUUUAAAACAGGAAAGAAAACUACUUGAUGAACCUGAUCUAGAUGAAGAACGAGUGUAA